AUGACGUCAUCUAGAUGGGGAAGAUUCACAUCUAUGCUGUCCGUCAGACUACUUUCCCUUUCGAACUUAACCAUCAAUGAAAAAUUUGAAGGAAUCUUUCCGCAGUACACAUGCUCCAUGCUAAAAGCGCGGGCAUUGCUAUACUGGAAGGUGAAAUUGUUUAGUAACUGCACCAAAGUGGCCGUUCAUACGAUGGACAAGUUUCCCUGGUAUUCAUUGCGUAUUGCAGUGAACGGAAAAAAGCUUCCCACUUGGUACCGCAGUUUGAGUGAAUUUGAACAAAUGUGGCUGAUUAAUGUCAUGCUGAACGCAAACACACACGAAUGCCGAACCGCAGUGACUAAAUGGAAGAAGAAUUACAUUAAAGAUUACAAAUUCAGUGAAACUGCAUCCGUCAACAAGUAUUUCAUCCUCGUCGGUCCUCAAAAUCCAAGUGCCUGUAAAAUGUUACUGCGAAAGGAGCAAUUUGUUGAUGGAAACAUUGUAGUUAAAGAAUGUUUGGUGCAGAAAACAAGCAAACAACGAGAACCGGAAAUAGGGAGAUUGGCGCGGUACCGGUUGACUUUGUUAGAGACGCGACCACUUCAAGGCCGAAAUCCAGAUUAUUCCCUCCGUUUUCUUUCUGAGGUGAAUAGAAGGAAAUGCAAUUAUAACGGACAUUGGCGCUGAAUUCGCGUUUAAUGACGGAAUGCGAGGGAAAUAUUCAAAUAGAAUAACAAACGUGCAGCUUUCAAUACCUCCAUUGGUAAUAGAGUUAAUCAACCUAUUGUUUACAUCAUUUUCCUAAUGAUUUUGUCGAUACUUGAGGUUACUGUAAAGGAUUGUAAACCAUAGGUGCCUGUGGCUUUGUCGACUGAAAU